AACAGCAUUCAAAACAAACGUUGACACGAGGAACUCCAGUGAAACGUUUCUCCGCAUUCUAAGUUUUAUUUUUACAACAGUUAAAUUAAUUACCGGUGCUUCUUGAAAAGGAGGUCAGAACUAAGGACCUGAGGACUCAGUUAAAGAUAAUAGAUAAAUCAAAAGCGGAUAUUUGUUAAAAAGAAUUGGUACGAUGCUGCUGCCUAAUCUCCCCCCGCCUGAGGAAGGAAUCAAGCACAGGCAGACCAGCACGAGGGCCUUCGUGGGCCAAAGGGAGCUGGGUUCGGGGGUUCUCUACAUUGCCGAGAGCCGAGUCUCAUGGGCGAAAGAAGGAGAGGACAGUGGUCUUUCUCUUGAAUAUCCACACAUUGCCAUCCAUGCUGUUAGCCGAGACCUGUCGAACUUCUGCCACCCAUGUCUUUAUCUCAUGAUUGAUGUGAAGUUGGAAGAACCAGAGAAUGCCAUGAAUGGAGGCAACAGCUCAGACUCCGAGGAAGAAGAGGAUGAGGAUGCAGCCAUGACAGAGGUGCGGUUCGUUCCAUCAGAUCCUUCAUCACUCGACCACAUGUACAAGGCUCUCAAUGAAUGUCAGGUCCUGCAUCCCGACCCAGAAGAUCAACCCUCCGAUGAUGAAAUAGGGGAAGAGGAGGAGGAUGAAGGAGAAUACGAAAUCAGUGAGAAUGGCGAAGAUGUUCAUGGCGUUUAUGAGGAUGCCAUGGAAGGAGACCUUGAAGAUGGGCCAUUCGUAGGUGGCAUGGCAGAAGGAAGAACAGCUCGGAACGGCAUUGAUGAUGACGAUGCCAUGGAAACGGGACAGUUUGACGAUGCUGAUUAAAAUUUCCAGUUUGUUAUUGUUCUUUUUAUAUAUAUAUAUAUACUUUCUGUUCUUUAUUCAAUGAAAAUUGUUGUAAAAGUUGUAAAGACCACAUCCACAAGUGAAGACAAAUAUUUCCUUUUUUUUGAAUUUUGUAAAGUUGGUAUGUAAUAAUGAGAUCUGUUUUUUUCAUGAUUUUAUUGGUUUAAUUGUACACAGUUACAAGUAGUAAUUAGUUUGAAUAUUCAUCGUGAGGAAAAACAAGUACACGCUAAGUGACAGUGAACACUGCAUAUUUUUAUAUGAAAAUGGAAAUUUAAGUUACAAAUAUCUAGUGAUAUUUCAUAAAAUAUUAGUUGAGUUGAUAUUACACAGAUGUCUUUUGCACUGUAGGAAAUGAAUCAAAAAGACCA